AUGAAUUUAAAGCUCAUAGAUGAGCUAAAUAACGAUAUUAAUGAUAAAAUAAAUAAUUUUCAUAAAAAUAAUUUCAAUUGUUACAACUCUAGCCAUUUAGAUCUACAAGUACGCUUUGAUAUUUUAGAGGUGCAUUACAAUCUUUUAGUUAGCCAGUAUAUAGACGAUAAGAACGCUUUUACAGAGUUCAAAUCAUGGUGGUUUAACCAAAAGCAUUCGAAAAGUAAAAACAUCAUUAACAAUCCACUGCAUUCUGUCUUAGUUGAUAAAGUUGAAACAAUAAGGGAACCAUUUAGCAUAACAGAUGACCAAAUUAAUCUCACAAAACACCUCAAUAAGCCACUCAGACCAUCGAAUAGCAUUACAAGUUCACCCUCAUCGUCGACAACCCUCCAAUCAUCACCUUAUAACGCACAGUCAGCGGUCACACCGUCAAAACGACAAGAGGAUGACACCCAACACUGCCAUACAAACACGCCGAAGAAGGCGAAAUGGGAUUCUGAUGAUGAGCUAACCCCCACAUCUAUCAAGUAUCUCGAUUAUCAUAACAACACUACUCUCAAGUUUGACAAUGAAGCAUUGCGCAAAGUAAGACGGAAAUCAGAUAUUGACCACAAACAAAACCCCUACAAGGUGGGUUCGUUAUUAUUGCUUUUCGUUUUACUAACCAAAACAGAAUAA